AUGCUGCUCCUUCAAUUGCUUCCCCGAAGAGCUUUGAAAUCAAACUUCAGAGCCUUUUCUUCCAGCUCCAUUAUUGGCGCUGGUCACUCCAAAUGGCAAAACAUUCGCCAUGACAAGGCUAAAAACGACGCCAAAAAGUCCAAGGAAGCGUACGCCAUGGCGACUAGGAUCACCACUAGUGUGAAAACAGGCGGCGUUGAAGGUAAUGCGCAGCUUAUCACAUUGAUGGAAAAGGCGAAAAAGUUAAACGUCACAAAGAAGAUUAUCGAAAACGCUAUCAAAAGAGGUACAGGCGAGUUGACACAAGAUGGCGUAAAUACUGCUGAAGUUACUUACGAGUUCAUGGGCCCCGGUGGCGUUGCAUUUAUUGUGGAAGCCGACACGGACAACAAGAGCAGAACUAUUGGUCUUGUGAAGCAUGCCAUGUCGAAGUUCAAUGCGUCAUUAAGUCCUUGUAAUUACAUGUUCCAAAGAAAAGGCGAGAUAAUUUUUGAGCCUCUCAAGGAGGACGAGGAGUUGGAUGAAUUGCUUGAAGUUGCCAUAGAAGUCGGAGCUGAAGAUGUGGAGGAAUUCAAGGACCCUGAAGGAGACUAUAAUGGAGAGAAGCUCUUCCGGAUUGUGACUGAACCUUCUGACUUGCACAAUGUUUCCAACAAGUUGUCCAGUAUGGGAUACAAGUUAAGGGACUCCAAAGCAGUGUUUAUCGCCGAUGCGGACAACCAGGUUGAUUUUCCUGAAGAACACGAGAAGGCAUUGAACAAGUGUUUAGAGCUUUUGGACGAGGUAAGCGAAGUGACGAAUUACUAUUCGAACAUCCGGGAUGAGUGA